AUGUAUCUAGCAAUGUUACGCAAAAACACUUAUGUUAAAGGUGCCGCAUACGGUGAUUUGCCAUUUCAUUUAAAUAUUAUCUCAUCAUUCGCAUGGGGAGCCAACAAUAGACGAGAAAGUUUAUACGAUGUUAAGUCUGUUUUCUACAUGAAAACAAGGCUUGCAUAUCCUUUUAUUCCAAACUUCCUUUCAGCAGCUUUAAUUGCUACCGGCAAAGCCACCCUGCGAGCAUCAUUAAUAUUCCCAAGUAUUUUAAUGAGCUUUUCGUUGGUCAUUGGAAUUUAUUUAGUUUCCUUUAUAUUUACGAAGAAUCAUUUAAUGGCUUUACUGUCCUUGAUUUUAUUCUGUAAUCUUGGUGGUCUUGGCUGGUUAUACGCCUUUGAUAUGUCCCGUGAUCAUAUGGAUUUUGUCCAUGAUUGGGGCAAAUCGCAGAAUGAAUACUGGUUCCACCCGAUUUUUCACGUCAUCGUACCUCAAAGAGCAUCAUUGUUCUCGAUGCCUCUCUGUUAUUGGUGUUUAAUUUGUCUACUCAAUGGAAUUCAAAAAAAACAAUGGCAAUUUUUCCUUUUGGCUGCAUUUUAUGUUGGAUUUACACCUCUUGUUCAGAUCCAUUCCUAUGUUGGCCUCGCACAAUGGUCCAUUUGUUAUGCAGCGAUUACAUUUCCUUGGAAUAAAAGAUCUAAGUGGCCAAAGUAUAUAUUUUAUUGGGCUAUAUUCGGAAUAGUUGCAAAUGUCAUGGCUUUGCCACAAAUUCCCCCAUAUUUGGGAAGACUUGAAGCAAAUCGCAAGGAAUUCAUCCAACUUAACCCCAUUUGGUCCAAUAAAUUCAGUCAAUUCAAUAUAUUCGCCCCAGUUGUCUGUUGGUGGCGUGGAUUGGGAAUUUUUGGAGCAAUUGCUUUGGUUUGUGGCUGGGUAACCCUCAAAAGAUCUCAAUUAAUCAUGUACGCACCUUCAAUGAUUGUUUGGCUUAUCACAAACAUCAUUAGAUAUCAACCUUGGGAGUUAGAUAACACAAAAGUUUUUUAUGCCGUAUGGAUUCCAUUGGCAUUAUGUGUUGUUUCGCAGUUUUAUGUCAUAUUAAUGAGAUAUCCGAAGCUUAUUCCUCUUGUUUCCAUUCUUUUGUUCUCAUCUUGUUUAUCUGCUGGUAUUCAUACAGUCGAUUGCUUAGUAUCGACCAGUCAGAUCUACUUUGAUAACGAUUUCGAGUUCGGCGAAUGGAUUGCAGAGAAUAUUCCUGUAAAAGCAAUGACAAUAAGUAGCGAUGCGCAUAAUCAUCCAGUUUCGAACAUCGCAGGAAGGUUCAUGUUCGAAGGAUACGGAGGAUGGGUAGCUUCUCAUGGCCUAGAAUGGUUCGAACAUGAAAGUGAAAGAAGAACUUUGACAGAAAAUCCGGAUUUGACACAAGAUUUUAUUGAUAAUAACAUCUCUUAUAUGUUGGCCUUGAAUCGCGAGUAUAAGGAAUUCACAAAAAUCAAUGAUUCAGAAACUUGGUUAAAAGUUUAUGAAGAUCCAAUCCAUGAAGUCUGGCGAUUUGUCCCUCCGAUAAAUAAAAAAGAACUAGAGAUUCCAGAAAAUAUAAAGACCGAUGUGGAAAAAAUUCGAAGAUCAACCUUUAAAUAA